GGUAAUUUUGAACGCGGGCGGUUGGUGGCGCGGUUUGUCGUAUGUCCGACCGACCGAGCGAGCGACCGUGAAGCAACGGCGGAGUUGCCGCCUCCCUCCUUCCCUCACUCACUGGUGAUGGAGGAUGAAAUGAAUGACUCAAGAAUGCGACUUGCUCGCCUUAACAGUCGACUGGCAUAUCUUCGAACACAAUUUGAGGAAGCAAACAGAACUGAAGAGUUGAAAUCUAAUUUGGAAAUUACAGAUCACACUGGCACAAUUAAACGAAUUAUUGCUGAUGGAAACUUUCCAGAGGAUUGGCUGUCGUAUCUACAGAAGGUGGAAAAGAUGGGUGAUCCACAAACUAAUGAGAGCUUAUUAAAUAGGCUUAUAGAGUUGUAUGAUGAUGCGGUUGCUGCCUUGUCAGUGGAGAAGCAUCAUACAAAUGAAUGUUAUGCUCGCAUCUUGAUAUCUUUUGCAAAACUUAAAAGCUUUGUGGAUGUGGAUGAAGCACAGGAGCAGUUCAAUCUGGCUCGAAUUAAUUGCAAGAAGUUUGCUUUUGUGCAUGUAACAUAUGCGCAAUUUGAGCUAGAUCAAGGCUCUGUACGGAAGUGUAGAAGCAUUCUUCAGAAAGCACUGGAUGUCAAAGCAAAACCACUAGAGCUGUUGGAAGUUGCUGUUCAAAACUUAAAUCAGGGGAAAGUGCAACUUGCAUUAUCUGAUGAUUGGGAUAAAGAAAAUAUAUCAGUACCUGUGAGUAAAACAACUCCAAGCUUGUUAUCAGCGGGAAAUGUUGCAAUUACCAAGAUCAAGAUGUACGGUGAUAGCCCUGGAGAAUUACUCAUCGAUCCCAUUUCAUCACUGAGGGGUGAUGUCAGCAACCUGGUCAAAGAGAAUGAUAUGUCAUUCUUAGAGCUGAAUACAGUCAAGCAGCUGAAAGGCGGCACUGGUUCCAAGAACUUGCAAGCAGAUGGUGUCGCCUUUCAGCCAAUAAUAAAUGAAGCAGUGAGUGGCUCGAGGACAAUGGAGAUUUCUUCCACAAAGAAGCAAACCUGUCCAGGAAAAGCGACAAGUGUUCAGUUGUCAAUAUUUCCUCGAGCAGAUUUGUGUGCCUUUGACCGGAAGUACAGUUCAGGUGGCACCAAUUUCCCAAAUUUGCAAAGUCCAACAGAAGGUAGUGAAAAUGAUACUUCCAUAUUAUUUACUUUAAAAAGGCAAAGAGCCGUUCCUGAUCAAAUUAAGGAAGAAUAUGAUGUAAAAUCUGACAAUCUUAAGGAGAAAGAGUUGGAGGAAUUCAAGUUGCACAGUAUUGAUGUGAUAAAGAAACAAGACCGUUCUAUGGAAGCCACGGAGGGGAGAGUGUUAUCGGGCACUGAUUUCAGUCACUUGUCACCUGAGUCACAGACAACUGAAGCAGCAUUGAAUAAAGCUGAUGUAGUGCUUGCUCCAAAGAAAUUUCCAUCCACUAGUUGUGCUGGCAAAACUGUUGUUUCGAAAAUGUCUGUUUGUCAGACACCGAACACCGAAGUGCCCCAUCACAAUGCAAGCAGUUUUCAGACACCAAUUGUGAGCAGAUCAGCAAUGCCAUGGGCUUCAACUCCAAGCAAUUUUACACCUGUUUCACAAUAUCAUACCAAUUUCCCAUCUACUCUAGCAACACCACAGCAACCUGGUCAGUUUCAACAAUAUGGAUCUUCUCAAUUUCUGCCACAGUUGGGGGUUGCAGGGGCGUUUUCCACCAAUGAAAGUAUUGUUGUUAAAACAAAAAUCUAUUCCAUAAUAAAAUUACUGGGAACAGGAGGAUCAAGUAAGGUGUUCCAAGUACUAGAUCAGAAGAAACAACUGUAUGCUAUUAAGCAAGUGAAUCUGCAAGAUGCAGAUGAACAGUCAAUAGUUGGUUACAAAGAUGAAAUUGAAUAUUUGAAACGUCUACAACCACACAGUGACAGGAUAAUCAAGCUUUAUGAUUAUGAGAUCACGGAUAAUUAUAUCUACACGAUAAUGGAAUGUGGUAAUAUAGACUUGAACACUUUGCUGCGAAGGAAAAAGGUCAUCAAUCCACUGGAACGGAAAUUAUACUGGGGAAACAUGUUGGAAGCUGUUCACACAAUUCAUCAGCAUGGUAUAAUUCAUAGUGACCUGAAACCAGCUAAUUUUCUGAUGGUCGAGGGAAUGCUGAAGUUGAUAGAUUUUGGCAUUGCAAAUGAGAUACAACCGGAUGUGACCAGUAUUAGUAAAGAUGCUUUGGUGGGCACGCUAAAUUUCAUGGCACCUGAAACCAUUAAAGAUAUGUUCUCCAAUGGUGAAACCAAGCACAAGUCAAAGAUAAGUCCAAAGAGUGAUGUAUGGUCUCUAGGCUGCAUCUUAUACUACAUGACUUAUGGAAAGACUCCAUUUCAGCACCUUACAAACCAGAUCAGCAAGCUACAGGCUAUCACAGACUUAAACCACGAAAUUAAAUUUCCUGCUAUUGCAGAAAAUGAUCUGCUUGAUGUACUGAAGAAAUGCUUGUCACGGAAUCCCAAGGAAAGAAUAUCAAUUGAGGCGCUGCUCGAUCAUCGUUAUGUACAUCUCCAAGUUCAACCACAACCAGUGAUGGAACCUAAUGAGAAAUCCAGAAAAGAUGUACAUCAUGUCUUAAGCCAGUUGGUAGCUUUGAAUUCUCCAAACAGCAUCGUAAGGGCAACCAGAGUUUUAUGGGAGCAGUAUAACAAUGGCCAUGAUCUUGAUGCAUCUGCUGUUAUGAAGCCAUCCCAGCAGCGUUUGUAGCAGAAAAAAAGUUGUGUUCCUGCAAGGAAAAAUGCAGAUCAAGCCAGAGAUGGCUGGGACUUUGCAUCUUGUAUCCAAAGCAAGAUGUAGAGCAAUAGAACAUUGAUAUGGUUCUUUAGAAACUGACUUGUGCUGGUUACUGUUACGUGUUUGUGUUUCUCUAGCUGUUGUGUGUAACAUCAUAGCAUUUUGUCGUAAAUGUUUACCCUCUGUAGUAGUAGCAGCAGUGUACAAGACUGCUGAUCUACACUGGGGAAGGACGGAUGCAGCAUUUACAAACUAAUAUUUUUAGAAAACACAUAAUUCAUGAUGCAAAUAACCUAAUAACAAAUGUUCUCUUUGCAAAUGCUCUUUGUAAGGAUGAGGGGUUGAGCCUGAAUAAAGUUUACUCAAUUUCAUUAUCUGGGAAGGUAAGCUGCUCCUGCACCUGCUGUUCCUUUUAUAUUUUACACUGUGACCUGUGGAGAUCUCAAAGUAAUUUUGUGCAGAGUUUCUAUUCUUGGAGCUAAAGAGAAGCCAUCCAAACUCAUUCAUGGAUGGUUACCAGAGAUUGUAUUUCAAUCUUGUUCAGUUAGAAUUUAACACGAGUGCCAAAGUUGGAAAGACUGACCCACUGUGUCAUUUUCACAUUUGAAGCUUUAGAGCCUUAAUCUGAUUCAUUUGGUAUUUGAGGUGUGCUCAGACAAAUUUCAUGCUUCUAUGGUGAAUUUAUUUUUUGAGAUUGAAGUCAUUGAUGCAUUUCCCACCAAAAACUAUACACUAUGUUAAGAUAACCUGUAAAUACCUUUGAGCUAUACCAUCUAUUAAAAUUGGUCAAUGCUAGCUAUGUAUGUGCUCGUAUUUUUUUUUUUAAUGGCAACUCUUGGCUCUGAGUAUAAACUGUGAUUUGGGUGACUGAAAUUGUUACCAAUGUACAUUACCUAAUUUGUAAAUGCGAAUAAAAAAUGCAAGAACAUGCAUUAUACUUCAA